ACCUGUAGCGUUUGACAGGUGGUACACAUUUUGUCAUAGCAUAUCAUUGAUAAGGCCGAUGUAUAGAAAAUACUAAAUACGCUCGAAAAUGUGGCAGAAACGAGUGUUUACGUGCUUCUUUGUGUUCGUGAUUUUUUUUGAGUUCACGUACUGUUAUGAUGUCAAGAGGUACUCGUUGCUAAUGCCAAACGUGAAACCGAACAAGCCCGAAUUAUAUUUAUGCACUCCAGUUAGGAUAGAUUAUGCAAAAAAUUAUUAUAUUAUUGGCUUUGAACCAAAUGCAACAAUGGCAACAGCUCACCAUAUGCUUAUCUAUGGCUGCACCAAACCAGGUAGCUCAAAGCCAAUUUGGAAUUGCGGAGAAAUGGCAAAUGCUAAACGUAUUCCAGAUACUGCACCUGCUUGUAAAGAAGGAACUCAGAUUAUUUAUGCAUGGGCAAGAGAUGCUCCUAAAUUAGAUUUACCAAAGGGAGUGGGCUUUAAAGUAGGUGGUGAUUCUCCCAUACAAUAUAUUGUGUUACAAGUGCAUUAUGCACACAUUGAUCGCUUCAAAGAUGGCAGUACAGAUGAUUCAGGUGUAUUCCUGCAUUAUACAACGCAAACAAUGGACAAACUAGCUGGAGUUAUUUUGUUAGGUACAAGUGGAUCCAUACCACCUAGAUCAACGGUACAUAUGGAAUCAUCUUGUGAAAUAACAGAGAAGAAAACUAUUUAUCCAUUUGCGUAUAGAACGCAUACGCAUUCACUUGGAAAAGUCGUUUCUGGUUACGUAGUGAAGCCAAAUGACGAGUGGAUCGAACUGGGAAAGAGAGAUCCACUGACUCCUCAAAUGUUUUAUCCAGUUACUAAUAGAGUUCCAAUUACGUUUGGUGAUAAAUUAGCUGCUCGUUGUACAAUGCAAAGUACGCGCGAUAGGAUUACGUAUAUAGGUGGAACAAACGAAGAUGAGAUGUGUAAUAUGUAUAUUAUGUAUUAUGUCAAGGAAGGGACUCCGCUUGAACGGAAACAUUGCUUUACUGCAGGCCCUCCUUUGUUUUAUUGGAAACAAGAGUUAAAUAAUAUUCCUGACAAAGAGGCAUCUACUUUAUAAUAUGUCAAAAAAUGGCAUUUGGCACAAAAUAGAUCAAUUCUAUCAUAAAGAAUUAGACAAAAUCCAAUGUUUUCUGCAGAUUAUGUAUCUAAAUGCAUUUGAAUCCCAUUAAUGAGAUA